AUGACCUACUGCGACAUCAGGGACAUCACCUACUGCGACAUCAGGUACUUCACCUACUGCAACAUCAGGUACUUCACCUACUGCGACAUCAGGUACUUCACCUACUGCGACAUCAGGGACAUGACCUACUGCGACAUCAGGGACAUCACCUACUGCGACAGCAGGUACUUCACCUACUGCGACAUCAGGGACAUGACCUACUGCAACAUCAGGUACAUGACCUACUGCGACAUCAGGUACAUGACCUACUGCGACAUCAGGUACUUCACCUACUGCGACAUCAGGUACUUCACCUACUGCGACAUCAGGUACUUCACCUACUGCGACAUCAGGUACUUCACCUACUGCGACAUCAGGUACUUCACCUACUGCGACAUCAGGGACAUGACCUACUGCAACAUCAGGUACAUGACCUACUGCGACAUCAGGUACAUGACCUACUGCGACAUCAGGUACUUCACCUACUGCGACAUCAGGUACUUCACCUACUGCGACAUCAGGUACUUCACCUACUGCGACAUCAGGUACUUCACCUACUGCGACAUCAGGUACUUCACCUACUGCGACAUCAGGUACUUCACCUACUGCGACAUCAGGUACUUCACCUACUGCGACAUCAGGUACUUCACCUACUGCGACAUCAGGUACUUCACCUACUGCGACAUCAGGGACAUGACUACUGCGACAUCAGGUACUUCACCUACUGCGACAUCAGGGACAUCACCUACUGCGACAGCAGGUAGGCCCAGGCCCAGGGCGUGUGAGGAAGAAGAGGCUGAUACUGUUCUCUGUGGUCAGAGGAAGGGCCCUCAGGACAAACACAGAUACUGUUCACAGAACCACAUCCUGGACUAA